AUGGUGGCAGAUGAGGACAGGGAGAAGGAGGAGGAAAAAGAAGAAAAGAAUAGGAAGAAAAGAAGGAAGAAACAAAGAAGGAAGAGGGAGGAGGAAGAGGAACAUAGCAAGUAGUUAUCAUCAUUCUACAUGCAGAGGCUAUAUAUUUCUUUGUCAGGUAUAUAAUAGUGAGGUCCUUCCUCCUCUGAAAUUAUGAUUCUUUGGCUCUGCUGCUACCCUCCCUCCCUCUGGGAUUCCCUAGUUUUCUGCAAAGUACAGGAUAAGUUCAAGGUGCUGGUUCGUUUCCCCCGAACUAAAUGAAAGUUCUGAACCUCAGGGUGCUGGCUUUUUCCCCUGAAACAUGUAGUUUCACUGGAUUCAAGAAUCUCCUAACAAAGAAGCUUCUACUAUCCAUGCACAUCAUCCAGUGCUUUGCAGUUUCUUCAUUUCAAGAGAUAGAUAGAUAAAUAUAGGUGAAGUGACUUUCCCAGAGCCAUAUAGCCAGAAGAGGCCAUAGGUGUUUUCCUGAAUCCAAGAUUAUUUUUCUACCUACUCCCUUAUCUCAGACAAGCUUUUUAGACCAUCCCUUCCCAUUUGACUCAAAAACUCAUUAACCUUUUCUACAAUUUCAACUACAAUAUGAAAUGCGUAGUUGCAACAUAAAUAGUUUAAAACAAUAGGAAUUAUAUUAAUCUAUUAGAUUUUAAUCACUGAUAAACAUGAUAUUGACCCAUCUCUCCAUUCCUUGAGCUGCAGACAAAUGACUUACAAGGAAGUAAUUUACUAUCACCAAUUACCUCUAAGAGGAAAGGGAGAUGAAUCAUAUUCCUCAGCACUGAGGAUGUUGCAUCUCUUCUUUCCCACUGUACAAAAUUCAUCCCUAACAGAAUAAGUAGUUUCAUGUAGAAGAUUCAUCGACUCCACUUGUAAUUUAAAUAAUGGGACUUUUUAGGUGAGGUAUAGGCAAGGUCUCAUUGGAGUUAGAAGUGAAGAGAAAAGGAAAGAAUCAAUAAAGCUAUGGGAAGACCAGGAAGUUGCCAGAGGAUUGACCAACAUGGAGAAUAAAAACAAUAUAACUGAAUUCAUUCUGCUAGGCCUUACACAAAGUCCAGAACUUCGAAAAUUUUUCAUUGUCAUUUUUUUAAUCAUUUAUAUUAUCACAAUUAUAGGAAACACACUCAUUGUCCUAACAAUGACUGCCAGCCAAACUUUGAGAUCACCCAUGUACUUUUUUCUAAACUUCUUAUCUAUUGCGGAUGCUAUCUACUCUUCAGUUGUUGCUCCAAAGAUGGUUGUGGAUUUACUUUAUGAGAAGACAAUCAUCUCCCUGGAAGGCUGUCUGACUCAGCUCUUUGCAGCCCAUUUUUUUGGUGGUGUAGGCAUCAUCCUCCUUGUAGUCAUGGCUUAUGAUCGCUAUGUGGCCAUCUGUAAACCCUUGCACUACAUGACCAUCAUGAAUCCUCGUGUGUGUCACCUGUUGGUGGCAGCAUCCUGGAUGGGAGGCUCCAUUCAUGCCACCAUACAACUCCUCUUCAUGGCCCAUCUGCCCUUCUGUGGCCCUAAUAUUAUGGAUCACUUCAUGUGUGAUUUGUUCCCAUUGUUGAAAUUGGCUUGCAUGGACACUCAAGUUUUUGGCCUUUUAGUUAUUGCUAACAGUGGAGUAUUGUGUUUGUCAAUCUUUCUCAUACUAACUGUCUCCUAUGUAGUUAUCCUCUCUUCCCUGAAAGGUGGUAGUUCAGAAGGAAGGAGAAAGGCCCUUUCCACCUGCAGCUCUCAUUUCACAGUGGUGGUCUUGUUUUUCGCUCCCUGUAUUUUCUUAUAUGUGAGACCAGUAGCCACUUUUCCUAUAGAUAAAGCUGUAUCUGCAUGUGCUUCUAUGAUUACUCCUAUGUUAAACCCCUUGAUCUACACCCUUAGGAAUAUAGAGGUUAAAAAUUCCAUGAAGAAACUCUGGAUCAGAUGA